AUCUAAGAAACGAAUCAAUGGUUGGCGGCGAGGCAAUCCUCAUCCCUCAAGCGCACCGGACCCAAGUGUUGGUCGAAAGUUACCUAAAGAACUUCACUUCAAAUUUUAAUAAAAUAUAAUUGCAUUUCUUUAUGGAGUAAUUACAAAACAAUUACAUUAUUGAACCACAAAAAAAAUUGGAAAACAAUACAUUGGAGAUGCAGCCGGUUGUACUUGCUGCAUUCCCCAACUGCUGCUGCUAUCCCCUUCCCAUCCACUUUCUUCAUUUCAAUUUCGAACACAAACCCAUCAAUCUUUCCUUCCCCAGGACCCAAUCACAGUUCAAAACCCUCUGUUCGUUAGCCCUCCCUACUACAACAACCCACGACUUCAGCACACCCCAGCAAGAGAACCCCAAUAGAACCAACAGCUACACAUACCGAGAUCAGAAAUCCACUUUUCUCCAACAAUUUUACUCUACCUUCAGCCAAAAAACAGUAAGCAAUCAAGACCCAGAUCCAGAUAACGAAGAAAAAGAAGAGGAUAAACAUCCUAAAAAGACCAAGUUCUUGGGUUUCCUAAGGGUCAUUUUCACAAACAUGUGGUGGACGGAUUUGAAAGCGGCUGUGGGACAAAGAAUCAAUGUUGAAGGCCUUGUGUUUUCGGUUCGAGUGUUCGUGAAAGACCGUCACUUGGCGUUGCCGCAUGUUGCAGUGCGUGAUAUAAGGUGCAUUAAUUGGUCUGAGCUCCGUAGAAGAGGGUUUAAAGGUGUCGUCUUCGAUAAGGAUAAUACGAUUACUGUUCCUUAUUCUUUGACGCUUUGGCCUCCUCUCCGUCCUUCCAUCGAGCAGUGCAAAGAUGUUUUUGGCCCUGAUAUCGCCGUCUUUAGUAACUCUGCUGGUCUUUUAGAGUAUGAUUAUGAUGGUUCAAAGGCGAAGAAACUGGAAGGGACUAUUGGGAUUAAAGUAAUAAGGCACAAGGUGAAGAAACCAGCUGGAACAGCUGAAGAAAUUGAGAAACACUUUGGAUAUAAGUCGUCACAACUUAUCAUGGUGGGUGAUCGGCCCUUUACAGAUGUUGUUUAUGGAAACCGAAAUGGAUUUUUGACUAUAUUGACUGAACCUUUAAGUGUUGUUGAGGAGCCAUUCAUUGUUAGGCAGGUGCGGAAACUAGAACUGACCCUUGUAAAUUGGUGGUUUAGAAGGGGUCUGAAGCCAGUUAGUCAUAAAUUAUUAUCAGAUGCCACACAGUGUGUGAAAGAUCCACAUCCCCUGUAAGAAUGUUGUGGAUUGGAUAUAAGUGGAAGUAAUUGUUUAUGUAGCUGAUGACAAAUUUUUUAGUCGUGAUUAUUUGCUUUUGCCAACCAUCUGAAUUCAUUAAUUCUUUCAUUUAGUACAUCAUAACACAUUAACUGUUAUAUUGUAUGUUAAUAGUUCCCUCUAAAAA